CCCACACCGUUGUCGAACGAUGGCAGAUACAUCCCAGUGCUUUAACUGCCGAAAGGAAUCCAUGACGAAGGAUCUGAAACGUUGUGCCCGUUGCCGCGGUGCACUUUAUUGUAAUGCGGAUUGUCAGAAGAACGAUUGGUCUAACCACAAAGAACUUUGUGGCGAAUCGUCGAGCUGGAUGGACAAGUAUCGUGGAUGUCGCGAUGGCUCUCUGCAUGAAGGUAAACUCGAACUGAUGACUUGGGAGUACAUCGAGCCGACGACCAAAGAGCGCAUGGGUUGGGGCAAUGUCGUUAUCGAGGGGGCAGAGUACAUGAAGAAAGUCUUACGGGAGGAGUGCAACGGCAAGCUCUCGCGUCUCUUCAAGAAACGUCCAGAGGCCUUCAGAUGGACUUGUUGCGGCACCGACGCGGGCAUGAACUUCGGAUGCGACCAUCACGGCACCGGGAGUAGGCCAUGCACGUGUGAUUUUUGCAGAAUGGGAAAGGCACUCCCUAACAAGAUGUCGAAGGUCUAGGUUCGGAUCUCCAGAUCCAAUCGGUGCAAAGCACUGAUGAUACCCCUCGCAUCGCGAAGGCGCCCGGUGCGCCCACAUGGACUUUCUUAUCAUAUUCUUGGCCUCCGGCCCGCCGUCGCUCACUUAAGCAUCGCGUUCGCAAAUCCGUCGCUUCACCUGCUCAUUAUCCCUACGCAGUGUGAAGUGUACGUUGAUUCAUUCUCUCGUUAUGUUAAUUGUUGCUCAUUGUACCUCAGUAACUGUACUGCGUACAUUCUAGGUACAUGAAUUGACCUGCUCGUUAUCCC